AUGGGAAAGCGAAUUCUCCACGUUUCUGGUUUCUCUCGUGACACUCGCGCCCGCGAUGUUGCCCACGCGUUUGAACGCUAUGGUCGACUCGUUCGAUGCGAUAUUCCUAGCGGUCGUCGGGACGGCACUCCUUUUGCUUUUGUCGAGUACGAAGACUCGCGCGACGCAGCAGAUGCCUAUGACCGCCUGCAUGGACAAUACGUCGGCAACCACCGCAUAUCCGUGCAAUGGGCCAAGCGGCCACCAGCCCGCGCGUGGAGAUAUGAUAACGGUGGCACCAGACGUCCCCGUUCGCGCUCUCGUUCUCGCUCUCGCUCGCCCAGCCGCCACAGCCGUCGUCACCACAGCCGCAGCCGCAGCCGCAGCCGCAGCCGCAGCCGCGAUAGGCGUGGUUCCGCUGAUCGUCAGUAUAAUAGUCGCGAGAGGAGACGCAGUAGGAGCCACCAGCGCUCUCCGUCGAUGUCGCCGCGUGGUCGCGAUCUCUCCCAUGGUCGGUCGCGCUCGCCCUUGCCGCUGAGGCGCAGAUCGCCGUCGCCGUUGCCUGCAAGUAUUGAGGGUGACGAGGAUGCUGCGCACAAUGUGGAUGCCAAAGAUAAUGAGGGGGCUGUGGAAUCGCCCGAAGCUAGUUUGGCCAGAUCUGAAACGCACUCUGAUAGGGAUGCUGACUACAAGGAAGACCAUGAAUGA